AUGUUUGCUCGCACAUUCACUUCCAUUAUUUUCGUGUUCGCUGUCUUCGCGACUUUUGUGGCUGCCGGUUGCACGCCGACGACCACAACGAAGACCGUAACCUCUACGGUGUCUACUACGGCUACUAUCACCGCUACACCGAUCCCUGCUUCCCAGUGCAGCACCGCGAAUAUGCAAUGCUGUGAUGCACUUGAGCGUGCGGAUUCUACCCCUGUGGGUGUCAUCUUAGGGCUGCUAGGCGUUGUUCUUCAGGACCUCGAGGCUCUCAUUGGUAUCACCUGCUCCCCUAUCGACAUUAUUGGAAUUGGCCAGGGAGCACAAUGUGCCAAUCAAGCUGUCUGUUGUCAGAACAACACCUUCAAUGGCCUCAUUGCCAUUGGCUGCGUGCCCAUCAUCAUCCAGCUUUAA